AUGGCCCGGAAGAUCUUUGUUGGCUCGCUUCCAUCCGGAAUCACUCAAGAUCUGCUCAGAUCGGAGUUCGACCGGUUUGGACAGAUCGAGGAGAUAUUCAUCAAGGAAGGCUGCCCUAUAGGUAAGCAAUGGGCCUUUGUCACCUUUGCUUCGCCGGAUGCGGCCGCUAGCGCAAAGGAAGCCUGCGACCGGCAGUUGAGAUUACCAGGUGCAGACCGUGCAUGCGACGUGAUGCUGGCUAAGAACCAAGGCCGAAUCUUCUCAUUCUAUUCUGCAUCCCAGGCUCCACGGAAGAUCUUUGUGGGAUCUCUCCCGGAUGGAAUCCAGGAGGAGGUCCUGAGACUCGAGUUCUCGAAGUAUGGCGCCAUCGAGGAUCUCUUCCUAAAGCCUGGCUGUGAACCGGGCCGACAAUGGGCGUUUGUGACCUUCGAUUCGCCCAAUGCCGCGGCGCAUGCCCAGGAGGUUUCCAACGGCAGGCUGCAGUUCGAAGGGUCCACGAGACCAUGCGAGGUAACACUGGCGCGGAACCAGGGCAUGUUCGGCGCCGGCUCCAUGCAGCCAGCGGCAAAGAUGCCCAUAGACACUGGCCCAAAGAAGGUUUUUGUGGGCACCUUGCCAGACUCCAUUGACGAAAACAUCCUCAUGGAAGAGUUUUCCAACUACGGCGUUGUCACGGACGUGUUUCUGAAGCCGGGAUGCGACCCAGGUCGCAAAUGGGGGUUCAUCACUUUCUCAAACUCAGAGGAGGCCAGGAAUGCCAAGGCCAGCUGCGAUCGCGUGCUCAUGCUCCCAGGCGCAGACAAGCCAUGCGAGGUGACAAUCGCCAAACAUCAGGGAAUGUACGGUCAGGAUGGCCUUGAUGGUGGAGGCAAUGUGCACACCGGCGGCAACUACAACAGUGGCGGUUUCAGCGGCUCCGCUUAUGCUCAUGGCGGCGCCGCUUACUCGGGCAGCUUUGGGCCCAGUGCAGGCAGCUUGGGCAAUCAGAGGGGUUUUAUUGGUGGUGCCACCGGGGGCUACAACGGUGGUGGAAGCCACAGCAGCACUUACAGCAGAGCGGCGGCACCACCCAUCGGAGGCUUGGCAUGUGGGGGCCUUCACUCCGGGUUGGGGCUCGGCCCCGGCCCCGCGGGCCCCGGCCCCUCAGGCCCCUGCAAGGUCUUUGUUGGUUCCUUGCCCGACGGCGUGUCCGAGCGAAUCCUGCGGAGGGAGUUCGGAAGGUUUGGCGAGAUAACCGAUGUCUUCAUAAAACCUGGCUGCGAGCCAGGCAGACAGUGGGCCUUCGUGACUUUCGCUUCUGCUGGCGAGGCUCAGCAGGCCAAGGAGGCGACGGAUCGGCAGUUGACUCUGCCAGGGGCUGACAGGGCGUGCGAGGUGAUGUUGGCAAAGCACCAGGGCCUUUACGGCCAGGCCCCGCUUAGCACCUUCGGGCAGAAUGGCCCCGCGCAGCCGCAGCCGCCUCCACCGCGGUCACCGCCGCCGGCGCACCUGACGCCCUGGAGGACCUACAAGACGCAGUCUGGACUGCCGUAUUACCACAACACGCAGACAGGGCAGACUGUUUGGGCCAAGAAGCAGGCCCAUCAGACGCGCGGCUCGAAAAGACUUCGACGUGAUAAGCUUCGGCGAAUCGGAAAAGUUGCGUCUUUGCCUGCCUUUCUGAAAGAGUUCCCACCGCUGCAAAACUACCCGCCCGGACCCUUCCGCCUGGGCCUCAAGCAAGGGCUCGCCCCGCAAACCUCAGUCAACCUCAAGAUCCUUUGCUAUCACCUGCUGCGCCAGGCAACUCCGUAUGUCGAGAUCAUGAGACUUGCUGGAGGGCGUCUGGCAGGAUUCGGGAACCUGUCCAUGGUGACAUUGCGUCAGAUAGUGACCCAGACGUCCAGCACGCCGUGUGGACCGAACUUGCCCAUGCUCAUGAAACAAUGUGGCUUUGCAGUUCCCCAUGAAGGCUCACAGCACGACAUGAAUCGACAUGAGACAUCUGACAUCACAUGUUUUGCAUCAUUCUAUGAUCUGUUCCGUCUCCCGAGAAGUCAGACCGUCCUGGGCCGUGGCAUCACCCAACCAGAAAGAGUAUGCCCCCACGGCGCGUAUCCUCAGCCUCCAUCACAGCGAUCACAGCGGCGCUCAUCGUUGCACCCAGCCAUGGAGUCGAGCUUGCAGCAGUGCCCGAACUGCCAGGAAGUGGUAGAAGCACAGGCUCAAACGUGCGACGGGGCUUCGGGGUUGGGCUUGGCAUGGGCACUCUUAGAUGACAGCAAAGCAAACAUAAAGAAACCGUAUUGGGCCAGGAUCGCCGCGGCGAAAGGUAUUGCCCCAAUUGCGGUGGCGUUUUGCUUGCAGAGCUCUACCGAGGUGACGCAUCAUCCGUAUCACUUGAUGAAGUUGAAGCAAAUCAACGCCAAGGUGUUGCAGGACCACAAGAAGCAAUCCCAGUGGAGGAAGGCUUUGGCAAGCCUGGGCACUGGUUUGCGACUGCAGACCACCGUGCAGGAAUCCGCGCUAUUGCUCAUCAAUCAGUACAGCGUCAACGGUUUUCAAGGCAGCAAGGCCCGACACAAGUUGUUUGGAGCAGCAUGCCUGCUCAUCGCGGCAAGCCGGCAAGGCCUAGGCGUGACCUUGGGCGAGGUCGCGCGGCACGCCUGCCUGGAGGGAAACAAGCUGCAGAAGAUGGUUUGGAGAGUUUGCAAGACCACGGGUGUGCGAAUUCCCAGGAGUGACCAGAAUGCAGAGGCUGCACUUGCUCGCAUCUGCGAAUACCUCAACGUGAAACAGAAAGGAGGAGUCUGUGCUUUUGGGGUCAAGCUCGUCUCCAUCUCAAGCCAAGGCUGGGUUUGCACUGGCCGGAAGUGGGCAUUUGUGAUUGCGGCAGCUUUUGUCUUGGCUGCCCGGGCCUACUUUUACGAACUGGACGCGCAAGAUGUCGCCGACUUCCUGUACAUCGGUGUUGGAACCGUGAAGAAGCGCGUGCAGGAGAUCAAGGAGCUGAUCCUUUCCGUGAUGCUACAUCUGCCGUGGGGUCACAUGAUCACAGCCGACAACUUGCAUGUUUACCUCCCUUUCGCCCUGGAGCACUGGGAGCUGCUGCGGUCGUGUGCGCCGCGGCUCCGGCGGCAGCAGCUGGACAUGCAGCAGGCUGCCCAGCAGGCGCUCCAGCAGCUGGAAUGCGAAGAGCAAUCUGAAAAACCUGGCGCUCCCUCGCGGCUCAAGGGCAAGCGAGUCCGUGCACAAGAACACCGGUUGGUGAAGGUUGCCAAAGAGGACGCAGACCCCAGCGUCCGCUUAGCAGCCUUGGAUGCGCUCCGGACAGUCGCAACAGAAGGCAGUCAUCGUCUAAGAGAGGCGGCCUUGCACCUUGUUCUGGACGAGGACGAUGUUGUGCAGGAGGCAGCCGCAGAGCUACUCGAAGGGCUUGACCUAACAGACUUUGGUCCGGGUCCAGAACAACAAGAUGAGCCGGCCGAGGCUGUGUUUGGUGAGGACACUGCCGAGAUGCUCACAGGAUCAGAAAAGCUUGGCUCGGAGGAGCAAGAGACGAUGGCAGAGCAGGCGGAAGCCGCGAAAGACAUCAUGUUGAAGUACCUAGAGAGCUUGGGUGAGCAGCUGCGUGCAGAGGCUUGCAAUGACGAGGCAACUUCGCAGCAGGCCGCUGCCGAUGCGGUUGAGCAGCUCUUUGAAAUGCUAGGACCUCACCUCCAGGAUGUGGAGAGUUUGCGGGCAGGACGACGCCAGAUGGGCAUUUUUCUGGAAGGGCUUCGUGUGACCUUUGUGUGCCCCGGAUCUGUUGCUGCAGAGGCUGGUCUGCUCGUGGGUGACAUCUUGCAGAAGGUGGAUGAGUCCGAGAUUACCCAACAGGAGGAGCUUGUCCAGGCUUGCUUAGCUGGCAACGCCAAGAAGAGUCUGGUCGUAGACCGAAGCGGAGUGGAGGUUGUGCUGUGUCUCCAAUUCCCAGAAGUCGAGGGUGAGCCCAAUCUGGAGGCUGAGGCCAAAGACAGUCAAGGCAGCCCGGCCAGCCCGGCGAGCCCGGCGAGCCCCGCCAGCCCGGCCAACGGAAACCAAGGCGCCCAAAAGGCGGAAAAGGCCGAAGAGGCCGAAGGAUGCGGUGGAUGCGGUUUCUCAACCAAGCCGUUCGCCCUUCCAAGUGCAAAGACGUGGCAGCCUAUCUCGGCAGUCUUGCAACCGCAUGGGACUGAUGGUGUGCUGUGCAAGCGUUCGAGUGUUUAA